AUGAGUUAUGGGUAAUACUUUUGUGAAACAGGUUGCGAAAUGUAUUUAUCAAGUACCGCUGUUAAUAUUGAGGAUAGUAAUCUUUUGGUUUGUGGCAUAGCAGGGGAGUUAAAUUAUCAUGGAGUUAAUGAUGAUGGAGCUGACGACGCCUUUGUAAUGAGAUUGUCUGAGACAGGGUGGGUAGAAUGGUAUACUUAAUUAUCAUUCUAAACUGGAGGCACUUUUAUCUCUACAACAGUAGCAUUAGUUCUAGAAAAAGUUUACUCAUAUCUAACAUCUAAUAGCAAUACAUCUAGUAGUAGGUCACAGUCUAUAGUAAGGUUAGAUUACAGUGAUGGUAAACUAAAUUGGGCUAAAAAACUUAAAUUAAUUAAUCCAAUAAAUCCCUUAAUACCAUUAGUUAUCGAAAGAAUUAGCGAUAUGAUGAUGAAUCCUUGGAAAAAUACAUAGAUUCUAUUCCAGUGCAAAUUCUUUUAUAAUACAAAUUAUCAAAGCAUGGGAAACCUGAUGAUUAAUGACGAUAACUCAAAUUUAACCACAAACUUCAUGACUUUAGUGUAAUCUAUUGCAACACCAACAACAUCCUACUUUGUUCCUGGGUAGAUUGUUUAUGAUCAAGAUGAUAAUUAUUAUAAUAUGGAGUAGAUCCUAUAAUAAUGGAAGAAAUUAUGA